GAGGACUCACUGAGGAUGGAAGGUUUCAUAAUAUCAGUUCUUCAUAUUGAGUCCAGCGCUUCAGCAAUAGGAGGAGGAGGUGUAUCCACUCCCCCAGUGAUACUGGAACACCCUCAGUCAUUAUACGCUCCAUUCAACAGUAAAGUCUCAUUAAGUAUAUCAGCGGAAGGGGAGGAGCUUCAGUACCAAUGGUACAGAAACAAUAAACUUCUUCCUGGACAGACCACGCCCACUUUAACAAUACCCACGAUCACCGAGACAUCACGUGGUCUGUAUCACUGUGUUGUUAGCGGUUGUCACGAAAACAGCAUGAGUCGCCCCGCCCAUUUAACGGUUACCCCCGGGAAAUUAAAUUUCCCUCCUCAGUCGAGAGUAGGAAAGUUCAGGUUACCAUUCUCCCAGAGUGAGUCAGCCAUCCCUCUUAUUCUCCUCAUAAGGAUCCUCAGUUUCAGUUCCCUCGUAGAGAAAGUGCUGAUACGUUUUUUCAUGCGUCCAAUGAUUCUAUGGGAUCCUCUCGUCAGUUCUUGCAGGGGAAUGGAUACGGAAUCACUGAACAGUUUGAAAAUAUGAAACUUGAUAAAAGUACAGAAU